CAUUUCCCGGAGAUCCCAGGUGUCUCUGCAGCCGCCCUUGUCACCCUGUGACCUGCAGGUACUGGGAGAUCUGUAGGGAGGACACCGGGACAUCCCGGGAGCUGGGAAAUGGGACUGUUGACAUUCAAGGACGUGUCUAUUGAAUUCUCUAUGGAUGAGUGGGCCUGCCUGGACCCUGCUCAGCAGCAUUUGUAUCGGGAAGUCAUGUUAGAGACCUACAGACACCUGGUCUUCCUGGGUCUUGCUGUCUCUAAGCCAGAUCUCAUCAUCUUUCUGGAGCAAAGCAAAGAACCCUGGAAGGUGAAGACACAGCAGACACUACUCAAGCCCCCAGAGCCU